CGCAAUUCCUGCUGGACUGUCAGAAGGCGUGGGCCACAACGUUUGACGGCUGGGUGGUUGGUGGGGACUGCAGCAAGGCAAGCGGCGUCACGUGCAAUGCCCAGGGCAUGAUAACGGGGAUAAAAUUGAAUGGGCCCAUCCCUAGCUCUAUCAUCAACCUCCAAAGCCUUGACUACUUGAAUGUAUGGAAACUUAUUGGCCCAAUACAGCCGGCUAUUGGCAACCUUCCCAACCCGACCGGCUUGGUAUUGAAUUACAACAGCCUGAGCGACUCCAUCCCUGCAUUCUUCGGCAAUCUCAGAGGCAUCAUACGCUUAGAACUUGCCCAAAGGAACCUGAAUGGAACAAUUCCCGACUUCAUUUCUGGGAUGUCAAACCUUCAAACUUUAGCUCUACCUGGGAAUAAUUUGUCAGGAUCACUACCAGACUGGAUUGGAAGCCUUUCAGUUUUAACGACGCUGGCUUUACAGUACAAUGACUUGACCGCAUCCAUUCCAUCCACUAUUGGACGCCUCAGCACUUUGAAUUCCUUGGGCCUUUCAUCAAACUCACUGUCGGGCUCUAUGCCAGAAUCAUUUGCGGGCCUCAGCAACUUGGCAUGGUUAAAUCUCAGCAACAACAGACUAACAGGCAGCAUCCCAAAGUCCAUUGGCAGCCUCGCAAGUCUUGAUACAUUGGAUGUAAGUGGCAACGAAGUUACAUGUCCUCCCGACAACACCGCGUGUGUGAUCGAACAAGAUACUCAAAGCGCUUUCUGUCGCCUUUGCAGCUCCUUCUGCAACACUUGUAUUGAUGCAGCAGCAGCGUCCCCCUCUCCACCUCCAACACGCACCACAGCGGAACCAUCCCUCCUCACGGCUUCCCCAGCACCCCCCCUCUCCACUGCAACGUCCUCAUCCCAGCCUGGCAGUCUGUCUGCAGCAGCCGCUGCCGGCAUAGCCGUGGCAGCUGUGGCUUCUUUGCUGCUGCUCCUGCUGGUUGGCGUUCUGCUAUGGAGGAGGAGCUACAAGAAAGAGGCAGCGGAUGGAGCAGCAGCAACAGCAGUGAAAGAGAGCAACGAUGUGCUACUAAGGAGCUUCGAAGGUCUGGCUGGCAGCGUGGCGGCCUCGCACUGCACGGAGUACUCCCUGGAGGAAGUGCUCACAGCCACCAGCAACUGGGCGAGUGACAACCAGCUGAGCUUCGGUGUGCUCCUGCUUGUGGUCCUCACGAAACGAAUCCGCCCGCUCUAUAUGGAUGAUGGAAGUUGUAACCACAUCCUGUCAUGGGAGAGUGCAAUCGCAUCCUGUGAUAGGUGGAAGACUGCAUUUCCUCUAACAACCCGGCCCGCCUCAAGGACCUGA